AUGAAAGCUGAUCUAGACACAAACGUAUUCUAUAAUAUUGGUAAUUUCUGGAAAGUUAUCUUCGAAAAUAAGGGUUGGUCUGAACAGACCUCUCGCAUUUGGGAAAGCUACCAAAAGGACGAGAAGGCUGAAAAGAAGGAAAGAUCAAAGGAAUCCAAAGAAGAGAAGAUUCUGGGAGUACACAUGAAAGAAAGGGAGGUAUGGGACUGGCUCAAUUUCUUCAGUGAAACAUUUUUAAACCAGCUCAAAGGCCAUUUACCAGAACUAUCGAAAGAUCGACCUAUAGUCAUUGAAGAGCCUUACUUCCAGAUAAAAGGACAGUGUUGUCGGAUGAAAAUUACGGGACGCACAAGACAAUCAACUGGCAAGACACAAAUUGAUUUCCUGGUCAAAAGCAUUGACCUGCCUAAGGAUGGUCCCGCUAAUUGGGAGAACAUUAAUGUGCUGGGUGAGUUCGACAAAUCAGCUAUUGGAAACAAAAGGAAAAAAAGUUUUAUGAAGUUAUCAAGGUCUGUUCGAGAGGUAUUUUACGCUCAGCCAUUGCGUCGGUUUCUACAUGGCUUCUGCCUGUUCCCAGAGGAAUUUAAGCUCUAG